GCGAAGGGAGAAGAUGUGCACCUCCAAAGUGUAAAGACCACACUGCCAGUGCCCUAUAAAGCCAACGUUGAAGGCCCCCCUAUACUCAACACCACCUGAAAUCUUCCUUGAGUAGAAGGUGAUCAUAAUCUCAAUGCAGAAGAUGCCUGAUAUUGGCACCGCAAAUUACUAUCACCAAGCUGCACUAGAACAAGGCCUGCCACAGGAACCCAGCAAAUGCUUCGAUGAUGAUGGACGGCUCAAGAGAACUGGGACUGUUUGGACGGCAAGUGCACACAUCAUUACAGCGGUGAUUGGCUCCGGCGUCCUCUCCUUGGCCUGGGCAAUUGGUCAGCUUGGAUGGGUUGCUGGUCCCGCCGUCAUGUUACUCUUCUCGUUUGUUACCUACUACACUUCUGCUCUCCUCGGUGACUGCUACCGCUCUGGUGAUCCCAUCUCUGGAAAGCGGAACUACACCUAUAUGGAUGCUGUCCAAGCUAAUCUCAAUGGUUUCAAGGUCAAGGUAUGUGGCUACCUGCAGUACCUCAACAUCGUAGGUGUUGCGAUCGGAUACACAAUUGCUGCUUCCAUUAGCAUGGUGGCAGUCAAGAGGUCCAACUGUUUCCACAAAAAUGGGGAUGACAGCCCAUGCCAAGUGAGCAACAAUCCUUACAUGAUCAUCUUUGCGAUCGUUGAGAUCCUCUUCUCUCAGAUUCCAGACUUCGACCAGAUUUGGUGGCUCUCCAUCGUCGCUGCCAUCAUGUCCUUCACCUACUCCGCCAUCGGACUCAGUCUCGGCAUCGUCCAAGUUAUCAGUAAACACUGCACCAAGCCAUCAACUAAAAAUGGAGGCAUCAGAGGAAGUCUCACUGGGAUCAGCAUCGGCACUGUAAGCGAGAUGGACAAGAUAUGGCGCAGCUUUCAAGCCUUCGGCGACAUCGCAUUCGCUUACUCCUACUCCAUCAUCCUGAUCGAGAUACAGGACACAAUUAAAGCCCCACCGCCGUCGGAGGCGAAGGUGAUGAAGAAAGCGACCCUCAUCAGCGUGCUCACCACUACGAUCUUCUACAUGCUCUGUGGGUGCAUGGGCUACGCCGCCUUCGGUGACAUGGCGCCAGGGAACCUGCUCACCGGCUUUGGCUUCUACAACCCCUACUGGCUCCUGGACAUCGCCAACGUCGCCAUCGUCAUCCACCUCGUCGGUGCCUACCAGGUCUACUGCCAGCCGCUCUUCGCCUUCGUCGAGCAGUGGGCGGUCCGAGCAUGGCCCAAGUCCCGGUUCGUCACAGCCGAGCUCGAGAUCCCGAUGCCGGGCGACCGAUCGCCGUACAAGUUCAAUCUAUUUAGGACGACGUGGAGGUCGGCAUUCGUGGUGGCGACGACGGUGGUGUCGAUGCUGCUGCCCUUCUUCAACGACGUGGCGGGGCUGCUCGGCGCCGUCGGGUUCUGGCCGCUGACGGUGUACUUCCCGGUGGAGAUGUACAUCGUGCAGAAGAAAGUGGAGAGGUGGAGCACCAGGUGGGUGUGCCUCCAGAUGCUUAGCCUGGCGUGCCUCGCCAUCACCGUGGCCGCGGCCGCCGGCUCCAUAGCCGGAGUGGUGAGCGACCUCAAGGUCUACCAGCCCUUUAAGGCCAGAUAAUGGGCUCGGCCUGCCCGGUUCAACUGGAUCGCCUAUUUGUUGUCACUGUGUCAAUUUUCAUUAAAACCCACAAAAAAAUUGAAUUAGCGACGACCUAUCAAACGUCACUAAAAACACGUGUUUAGUUGCCUUCAAAUAAUUGCGUGUUAAUAAACAUGAUAGUAUAUUAAAUGUGGAGAUUUA